GUUCGAGUGAUGGACUAGCACACAUUCCCUUCGAUUAGCUUCGAACCCCCCCCCCCCCUCUCUCUCUCUCUCUCUCUCUCUGAAAAAAGAAGAUUAUUGGUUAAUGGAUUUGCCUGCAGAACACGGAUCAAAUUGAGAAAAUAGAGGUCGACGUUGAAGAUUUUUCGAAGCAUUUCUGAGUUGGGUCUUCUCGUUUUUGGAUGAAAUUCAUCAGUUUCAGGGUCGAGCACUUGGCCACCCACCCCGUGUUUGUCGAAAAGCCGGAGAGAGAGGGUGGAAUUGAAAGUUCCCAGGAAUGAGGGAUUUUCCUUCUUGUUUUGGUGAAAAUGGCGUUCAAAUUGCGGAUUCUUCGUCUUCGAAUGCCGGAAAAAACGCACAGAACCUGGUAACUUGCAUCUACAAGUGCCGCAUUCGAGGCAGUACUUGCUUGAUCACUGUCACGUGGACUAAGAAUCUGAUGGGUCAAGGCCUGACAGUGGGAGUUGACGAUUCAUGCAACCAAACUCUGUGUAAAGUCGAGAUCAAGCCAUGGCUGUUCACCAAACGAAAAGGGUCGAAGAGCCUAGAGGCAUAUUCCCGUAAAGUCGAUGUCUUUUGGGAUCUCUCGGCCGCAAAAUUCGGAUCCGGAUCCGAACCAUUAGGAGGGUUCUACGUGGGAGUUGCCGUGGACAAAGAAACAGUCCUCCUCCUUGGCGAUAUGAACAAAGAAGCUUCCAAGAAGAUGAAGAUGAAUCCGACAGUCACACCUUCAUCUCCAAAUGCAUCGCUCAUUGCCAAGAAAGAGCACGUGUUCGGAAAGAGAGCGUUCGCAACAAAGGCGCCGUUUUCCGGUGACGGAAAAAGACAUGAUCUCGUGAUUGAGUGCGACACAAGUGUAAGCGAUCCCUGCCUCAUAGUUCGCGUGGAUGGGAAGACGAUGAUGACGGUGAAGCGGAUAAAGUGGAAAUUCCGAGGGAACAACACGAUAAUGGUGGAUAGAAUGGAAGUGGAAGUCCUAUGGGAUGUGCAUAGUUGGCUCUUUGGUAUGCCUUCGACAGGGAAUAGCGCUGUGUUUAUGUUCAGGACAUGUCAAUCUGCCGAGAAGACGAAGGCGUCGUCUUUCUUUUCGGACACCAAAUCUCAAAGUCUUGGGUUUUCAUUGGCGUUGUAUGCUUGGAAGAACGAGUAGAGAAGACAGUGGGUUUAUUUUUUACAUUUCCUUUUGUGUGCUGCUAACAGAAAAGAGUCAAAAGUGACGGGUGAUUUUUGUCAACGUUUGUUGUUUCUGUCAUAUAUAUAUAUAUAUAUAUAAAAUCAAAGGUGGUUCUCCUA